AUGACUAUGGAAACCACUACCAAACUUGAUUCACUUUUCCGAUUAUCUGGUCCGUCGCAGACGGAUAUCGAUUCUUUUCAUAACAAUGGCUACAUCGCGUAUCCAGAUGUGUUCACAGACGACGGUAGAGAAGGAUUGAUUGAGGAAAUCACGCAGCGUUUUGAACCAACGCGUCAGUACAUUGAGACGUUGAAUAACGGUGAGGAACAGCAGCGCUCCUAUUUUAUUCGUCCAUGGAACGAUCGCGGUGACUAUAGCGAUCGGCUUAUCGAUGACCCUUUCAUUACGGCAGUGAUACACGCAACUAUCGGCGACGCAUACCACUUCUGCCACUCUGCACUUAACAUCGCACCCCGCGGGAUCGGUCCGCUUGGAUACCACCAGGACCAUCACCAUUGGAAGCAUGAGAAUCCGAUCAACCUCGCCGAGCGUGACAACUACUACAUCCAGAUUCUGUACUAUCCGAACGGCUUCACACGCGGCGAUCGGAACCUCAAAGUUAUCUCGGGCAGCCACAAGGUCGCUCCGACAAAGGAAGCGACACCGGAACGGAUGCUCGCAGGUGACUUUGACGCAGAAGCCGGACGCAAAUUGGAAGAGAAACGGCUUGAAUUACCACCGGGUAGCAUGGUCUACAUUGACGCCCGCAUUUUCCACGCAGUGGAGGCGAAACCUAUAGAUUCUCCGCAGCCCUAUCGUAUCUUCAAUAUUGACAUCUUCAAGGAAGCAGGUCCACCGCACCGUUAUACGCAAGAGAUCCCAGCGGAAUGGAUUGAAUGUGCCUCUCCAGAACGUAAGAAGUUGCUCAUUCGCGACGCUUAUACAGAAGGGUGUUGGAGCUAA